GGACUGGCUGAGGCUAGUGUAAGUGGAAUCUAGUUGAAAUGUUUUGUCCCUUUCCGCUCUCCGUGCGACGACUUGGGCGGAGGCGGUCACAGCUAUGGCAGCCCUUAGGAUGGGAAAGUUGACAACCAUGCCAGCAGGUCUAAUAUAUGCAUCUAUAAGUGUGCAUGCGGCCAAAGAAGAGGAGUCCAAAAAGCAGCUAGUGAAACCAGAGCAGCUCCCCAUAUAUACUGCACCACCGCUCCAGUCUAAAUAUGUUGAAGAGCAGCCUGGUCAUUUACAAAUGGGCUUUGCAUCCAUUCGCACUACAACCGGUCGUUAUAUUGGCUGGUGCAAGGGCGUUUAUGUCUUUGUGAAAAAUGGGAUAAUGGAUACAGUGCAAUUUGGAAAAGAUGCAUAUGUAUAUCUGAAGAAUCCACCUCGAGAUUUUCUUCCAAAAAUUGGAGUGAUUACAGUUUCAGGAUUGGCAGGCUUCAUUUCAGCAAGAAAAGGUUCUCGAUUUAAGAGAAUUGCUUAUCCAUUGGGAUUGGCCACUUUGGGAGCAACUGUUUGCUACCCUGUUCAAUCAGUAAUAAUUGCAAAGGUAGCUGGGAAAAAGGCAUAUGCUACAAGCCAGCAAAUGUAUGAAGCAGUUAAAUCACUGUGGACAAAAAACAACAAAAAACUUCCUGAACAUAAAGAAAAAACUAAGCUAGGAAGCACUGAUGAAACAGAAACACCUGCAGAAACAACUCACAACCUGAAACAUUCAGUGCCUUUGCCAACAGAACUCAGCUCUGAAACAAAGACAAAAUCUACAUCAGGUGCUACACAGUUUAUGCCUGACCUCAAGUUCAUGGAUCACGGGCAGUCCCAUCCAGAAGAUAUAGAUAUGUACAGCACUAGAAGCUGAAAUAGUCUGCAUAGAGAACUACAAGACGUGUGAAGUUUCAAAUAAUGGUGAAAAAAAUCAUGUAACGUGUAACUGAUGCAUAGGAUAUAAAUUAAACCAAGUUUUCCCCUUACAUCUUCUAAUGUACAGUUUGAAAAAUCACAUUAGUGACUAAAACGCAAACUGGAUACAAUCCAAACAACAUUAAAUGAUCACUGAGGAGGCAGAGGUAGAAGUAUUAGGAUGCAUUUCAUGACUUUAAGGGUGUUUAUUAAAAAAAAAAAAGUGUGUAUAUAUAAAAUAUAUAUACAUAUACACAUAUAUAUUUGCUGUAGCUUUUCUGAAUUAAUAUCAGCUAAAUUAGAAUGGUGUGUGGAAGGUUGUGUUCCCUCCCCCCUGUUUGUUUUGCAUUUACCAGAGAUAUAAUAAAAUAUACAUAUUUUAUGACA